AUGUCACCGUUGAGGACAUACAAUUCAGGUGUCUUAUUAGCUUCUAAGAAUUUGAAACCAUCAGCUAGAAAUAUAUUUAAAGUUUGUUGUUUACGUGAAAAUCAAAAUGGUCGAAUAAUUCGUUAUGGUGAGCCAAUUAUGUUUGCUUUGCAACCAGAUAUUAUCUCAUCUAAAUGUGGUCCAAUACUGGAGAAAAAGUUGAUCAAAGAUCAAUUAUUAUACUUGGCUACUGAUUUACAACACUUAGGUGAUCAAAAUUUACAACCAGGUGCUCAGAAUUUAUAUCUUGAAGUUGGUACACCUUCAUUUUUAUCACAGUGGCGAUUGGAAUAUGAAGAUCCACAUUUUAGGAAAGAAUUUGAAGGUAGACCAGUUAAAGCUGAUCAAAAAUUGUUGAUUAAACAUGUUCGAAGUAACAAGGCAUUGGCGUUAGAACCAAACUUUACCGUUCGCACCCUAUUUGGGAGGGAAACUUGUCUCAGUGUACGAACAUACUACGAUUCUCAUAAACUGGAGCGUGAUGUAAAUGUUUGGAUUCUGGCUUCAGCUAGACAACAAGGUUUGUCAAAUGUGUCAAAUGAGACAGCACCACACAAAAUCCUUGAAAACACCUCUUUAGAAGGUGACUGUGUAGCUGAAUGCAACACUUGUGAUGAGAAACAAGUCAACUUUGAAUAG